AACGCAAUAUUUCACAGUUAUUUCGUGCAAUUAAUUACGUUUAUAUUAAUUAUUAGAUGCAUUGUCUGGCAACAAACUCACGUGUCAUCCUUCAUUCAUUCCAAAACCUGGCUGUGAAUAUAUAAAUCAUUGAAUAUCACGUCCCAUCAAUUCAAGAAUCGAGUCCCUGCUUCUAUUGGCUAAGAACGUUUCUAUUCUCCAGUCCUAUUGGUGGACACUUUCUAUUUCCCGUUCCUAUUGGCGGAUAUUUUCUAUAUCGCGUGCUUUCACAUUACAAUUCUCAAUCCGAUAGUUUCCAAUAUAUUUUCUAAUCCGUGGCACAACAACUAAACUUUCGACGAGAUCUCUCGAUUAUUCGUCCAUACGUAAUCCCCGAAGAAAAAAAAUCAAAAAACAUCCCCAUUGACGCUUUUUUCCCUCACGAGAGCGAAAUGACGUGAGAAAGAUCUUCUCGUACGUGCACCUUAUUUCGAGAAAGCCUUAUUAGAGAGAGAGAGAGAGAGCUCCCGCCGAGUGACAGGCGCAUCAUGCACGCUCCGGACGAAGCGUGUUCGCGUCGCCACCUUCCGUCAGAACUGCCGUCACCCGGGGAGAAACGCGCGCCCAGGCGAGGAUUAUGAGCCGGACGACCGUCCCCGAUGACCUCGCUCGAGGAUGACUUAGGAGGUCAGCUCGUCGAAAGGAUAACCGGAUUCCCUGGUUGAAAUAUGCGGAACUUACACUGGGCAUGCUGCUUCCUUUGGGUGGGUCUGCCGAUGUUCGCGGCCUACCCCGUACCCACGUCACCUGUCGCAGGUUCACCACACACACGUGCUUCCUGGCAAUGGGAACACUACUGGAUGCGUUAUGCGAUUGCUCUGUCAAGUGUCACCGCCACAGCGUUAACUUUAGCUGGUUGCCUCUGUUGUCAGAGGCACAGAAGACCAAGAGGAUUUAAGGACAAAGCAGAGAAUAUCAAACAGGAAUUCAAGGAUGGAAGCGUUAUAGAGGAAAGCGCAUUCGGUCGGUCUAUUGAAGGAUUGGAGUUGGAUGCCUCCAGGACACUAGCUGCUUCCGAAAGAGUCCAGUUCGAGCCUUUACCAGUGGACUCCAUUGUAUCCGGAGCAAGGAGUACACCAAAGGCUAAAGCUAAACCUCUGUCAGCGCCACGUAACGAGGAUCAAGACAUCCAGGAUCAUUCCGUUCUGCAGGAGCCGUGCAGCGAAUGGUUCAGUUCCAACGAGCUCUACGUCCCGAGAGAGAAGCUCAAGUAUCUCCGAGAAAUCGGUCACGGCUGGUUCGGUAAGGUCGUUGAAGGUCGCGCGGACCUGGAACAGCCGAAAGGUAUAUCGAAAUCUGGCGGUGUGGUCGUGAGAAUCCUCACCGAAGAAGCCACCACGAGGGAGAAAGCCUGGUUCCUCGGCGAGGCUACGCCGUACUUGAAACUACGUCAUCAGAACGUUCUGGCUCUGCUUGGCUUCUGCCUGGAGACCGAUCCGUACCUCCUGCUGUUCGAGUCCUGCCCGGCUGGUGAUUUGAAAGGCUUCCUGUUAUCAAAUCGCGACGCCAGGUCGAGGGACGCCCUCGCCAAGGAGAAUAUUCCCAUAAGAAUCGCGAUGGAGAUCGCAUCCGGUUUGAAGCACAUGCACAGUCACGGCUUCGCCCACACGGACCUCUCCGCGAGGAACUGCCUGAUCGCCCCGGACCUGUCGGCCAAGCUCGGCGACUACGGCACCGGCGUCGAGAAAUAUCCCGCGGACUAUUACAUCGUGGGAGAUCGAGCCUUGCCGAUCAGAUGGUCCGCGCCGGAGAGUCUGAACUGCACGGACACGACGAUCGAGACGCAGGAGAUCACGUUGAAGGCGAACAUGUGGAGUUACGCGGUUCUCCUGUGGGAGAUCGUCAGCUGGGGCGAGAGGCCGUACAACGACAUGAACGACGAGCAGAUCAUUCAGAUGAUCCUCGCCCUGAAGAGGCAAGUCACCCCGAACGGUACCCGGCUGCUGCAGAGCUACCUCGUCAAUUGCCCGUCAAAUAUAUGCCAGGUGACACGUCUAUGUCUGAACGUCAACGCGAAGAGCAGACCGUCGUUGGACGACGUGAGACAGAUUCUUCUGAAUGAGCCCUCCGUUCACCAGGACUUCGAGCAACGCUGGGAGAGUCUGCGCGCAAACUCCUGCAGCAAGCAGCACGCGCGAAGCGCCAGCUUGCAGGAUCUACGCGGAAGCAUCGACUCCGACUACUGGACCCACAUCGUGGACGACGUCCAGACCGCGGACAACGCGCUGCAGCAGUCCUCGUUUCGUCUCGGACCUGACGAACAAGUGAGGAACAUCCCCGGGAUGAAGAACGCCGUCCCUAUAUUUCAGGAAUCCGGCUCGGAGACCGAGGAAGAGAGCUGGAAGGGUCGAGUCGAGAAGGGGGUCUACACUGAAAAGGUGAAGCAGAAGUCCAAGUCCGUGACGGACCUCAUGGUGCUCGUGCACAUCGAUCCGGACUCCGACGCCGAGUGGUCGAUGGGCGCGCAGACCUCGUCCUCGGAAAGGAACGCGAAGAAGAAGCUACCCGGCAGCGACAGCGACCUGAGACGCAGCGUUCCCGAGUUCGACGAGGCGUUGAAGAAACUGCGGGACCCGUUGCCGGCUAACAACGGCACCACCAAGCUCGCCAGAUCGCUGGAGAACCUGGAGCGACCGAAACUCCUGACUCUGACCAUGGAUCAGGGUCAGACGCCGAUCCUGCGAUUGUCCUUGGACGACGCGGCGAUGACUCCUGAGGGCAAUGGCGACGCACAACGUAGUGAGAAGCACGUAUUGAGACUCCUGUCAAAGGGAGACGACCCGGAUCUUCCCCUCCUGCGCUAUGUACCUGACCAAACCACAUUCUCCGUCGAGGAGGAAGCGAGAAGGAGAGAGGAGACCGAGAAUAACGUCGAGGACGUUUUGCUCUGGAAUCACGCGUUGGACUCCGCUCUGGAGCACAAGGUGCCCGGUUUCUCGGACGAAACCGAGUUCAAUGAGUAUGUAGAAUCCUCGGGAUCGACUGGACAAAAUGGCAACGCGCCGGAACUGGUCGUCACCUCCACGCCAGACGCAACGCACUUUCGCAACAACGUCUACGCCACCAUUUACAGCGCCGACGAGAGCUUCCCCACGGCGGAGAACAUGGAGCAAGUGGAAGGGAAGCUGCUGUCGAACGACGACGAGGAAGAGAGGAAGCAGCUGUCCACCCCGGACGACGAGCAGAGCUCCGACUCGGGUUUCCGGGACAAGGAGUCCUGCGAGGAAGAGGAAGGAGGUUGUCUGCCGACGUCCGGCAAUCUCUUGGCCUCCGCCAACACUUCCGGAUCGUCCUAUGCUGAAGAGGAGCCUCUUCAGAUCCUGUUCGAGCUGGACACCAUCCUCGACGCGGAAUAUUACGCCACUGCCGGGCCUGAAAGUAUAACGGAAGCUGACAUUUCCACAUCCGGCGUCGAGGAAACCGUCUCGCCCUCGAGACGGAACGUUCAGUCGAAUCAUGUAUCUGCGAACGUGGAAGAGGAUAGGAAGGAUGGUCCAAAGGGUGAGAGAACAAACUCUGAAUACGAGACUCGAGGGUUUCAAGCUGAAGACGACGUUCGAUCGCGCGAAGCGGAAGCGGAAGUCGCUAUUGUUAGUGCUCAGCGGGACGAGCAGUGCUCGCAAGCGGACUACGAGAACGAGGACGAGGACAGCUCGACGGUGAGCCUGCGCAGCGACAAUUCCUACGUGUCGUUCAACAUGGAGGAGGAAUUCGUCACGGCGAUUCGGAACGAACUCAGGGAAAAGUUGCCCCAGGCGCAGAUGCAGAUCGUAGAGUCCUUGGAGGUUCACGACGACGACAGCGCGGCCGGCGACGUCUACGGCAAACGGUGGGACGACGAGGACGGCGAAGAUUCAGCCGAUCAAACUGGCGGAGGUGUAGACAUUUCGAUCAGGUACAACGUGUACGGAACGCCGCUGAGUCCCAUCUUGGAGGAGCGAGAGAGCACGGUGACUUCCGAGUCGUUGAUCUCGAACUCGAGGGAGACGUCGCUCAUCUCUAGGGAUUCGAUGCCGUCCGAGGACGUGCUGCUGGUCGACACGCGUACAAACGAGAUGAUAUUGCUGGAAGGGCUGGGGGACCGAUUGCAGGACGAGGAUCGGGACACCACGAACGGCGAUCUGUCGGACGAGGAGAACUUUGAUUACACCUCGUCUAUGAUGCGUCCCUUGGAGGAUAAAUCGCGCGGGAUCAUGAAGACGGGCGGAGGCAACGCGCCAUUACCGAGUCCCGAGGAAGAGUCCAAGUGGCAGCAGCUGUCUUCGUCCUUUCCCUUACCUCUGCCCUUGCCCUUACAGGACGAUCUGAUGUCGACGAGUUUCGCCAGCGAGAACGAAUGCUAUAGUCAGGAAGAUGAAGACGAAGAGGAAGAAGAAGAGGGCGAUGAGGAAGAUGAAGAUGAAGAGGGAGAGGGUGAAGGAGAGGAGGAGGAUGAGGACAACAGUUCCAGUUCCGGUGAAUUUGUAUGGAAGAGAUACAACGAGCCGCACGUCGAGCAGAUACGGAUCAAAAGUACCGCGAACGAGGAUGACGAAGCGACAAGUACGCCAACGGCGAAUACCGAAUUGGAAGAGGAAGAGUUGGGUGUCGAGGAGGACGAGGAAGAGGAGGAAUUCACGCCUUCGGCCUGGAACGCCACUUUAGCGCCUCAUCGUUCAGCGUUGAGGUCUCCGGACAAAACGUUAAAGUCUGGGGAUGAGUUGGAUCAGAAGAAGAGCGUAUGGUUCAAGAAGCAACGCUACCACUGCGUAUAUGAGUACCCGAAGGAAACACCACCUGUGGACAGUCAGGAUGACGUCACCACCAAUUCGGAACCGACGUCGUACUCUGAUUGGGAAGAAAUGAUCAAUGAGCCACGAUUAGACAUGUACCCUUUAAAUUACGAUGACGCCAAUCAUACUGGAAACGAUCAGGAAUUCUUCGUCACCAGUUCGAAUCGGCCCUUCCAGUUCCAAACCGGCGAGAGUAGAUGCGUCAGCCAAUUCUUUCCCGGCGCGAACGCAAUCCUGUUGCCCGACGAGCGGGAUGAAACGGAUGGCUGCCGGCAAGAGGAGCCGCACCAGAAUAACAUCGACUUCGCCAACGAAUACAUCGAGGGCCAGCCGGGCCAGCAGCACCAAUUGGGGGAGCUGAGACACACCAGGGAUCGUUUGAAAUUAAAUCUAGUAUCAUCGAAUAGUAUACCGUCCGUCCCUUUCGUUCCUGCGAAACAGCCGCACUCGGGGGAGCAAUUAAUAGAGAACCACGAAUCGGAAGAACCUGAGAACGUCAUCGCGCAAGACCAAUGUAUCGUAUCGAGCGACGAUGACGCGUUGCCAAAGGUGCCUCACGAAGAUGUCCAGGCUGAUUUAGCUUCUACGAGGAACCUCCAGCGCGACAGCCGGGAAACGCUGGAGUCUACCGAGAAGUGAAGUGUUUUAGCAAUGAAAAAAACUAAAGUCUGAUAAUGGUGUACUGAAGGAGAAACACAGUUCAGUCCGUCCGAAACAAUCUCGUCGUGGAAAAUAGCCGUCGAUUUUCCUCGUUCAACGCAUUCAAUGAAGUUAUCACCGAUGAGAUUUACUAUCAUGCGUGACACACGAAUCUCGAACAAAUGUAUAUAAUAGAUCUGAGGAUGUAGCGAAUAUCGCGUGCUCGAGGUGACUUACGCCAAGGUCAAUCGGUUGUCUAGCGGAUUUUGUUAGCGCGGAGUUGUUAUGUAGUUGUUCUCUGUAAAAUAAGUACGAAAAAAUGCGUGUCACUAUAUAGAUAAUUGCGGCUUUAUUGUCAUGGAUAAAGCUUCCUAUUUCGCAUGUGAUGGUUCAAUAAUCGUGAUAGAACAAACGAGGGACAGAGGGGAACUCUAUAUAUAUAUAUAUAUAUAAAAUGGACACAAGUAUUAAUUCUAGACAAUCGAUUCGUAGAGAAGCUACAUCGAAAAAAAAAAUUCGUUGCACGUGUAAAUAGUUAUUUAUAGCGUAAUCGUUAAAAACAAACAGUAGUGCCUAUGUAGAACGACACAAUUAUUUUUGCGAUUGUCUAUAAGAGACAUAUAACUGUCUUUCAUUAUUUUUUUCCUUUUUGCUCUUUACCGAUACUCAUUAUCGCACGAUAUUUCUCGAUAUUAACUAAACAUUAUUAACAAUCCGCUCUCUAUUAUCAAAGUAUUGUAUAGCAGAAUAUAUGGGAUACUUUCCAUCCCGCUUAUUAAAGACUCUUGUGGCGAAGGAAAAAUCAUGGAAAAAAUAUACUUGCACGUCUAAUUUUC